AUGAAGUCUGUUGCUCACAGUUUGGCUUACUUGCCGGGUAUCGACGGCGACAUCGACGACCUGGUUCGACGCUGUUCUCGAUGUCAACAAGCUGCCAAGAUGCCGCCUCGUCAACCUCCAAUACCCUGGCAACCACCGGAGAGGCUUUGGCCACGCGUGCAUAUCGACUUCGCUGGCCCACUUAACGGAGUCUCCUAUCUAAUCUUGGUUGAGGCCUACUCGAAUUGGCCCGCUGAAUCCAGCGACCGCGUCUGCGUAGCCGGUUGUGUUUACUUUGUCUGCUGCUUUGGUAUUGGGGACAAGGAUCGAGUGCGCAUACGCUCCACGGGAUUUCGAGUACCAGGCGAUCAUAAAAAUUUUGUACAGAUUUAGCCUACCCCGUCUAGAUUUGAUAUGUAAAUUUAGUGUUACUUGCCUUGAUGGGACCCCCAUGGGUCUUUAAUAAAAAUUAUUUAUUAAUUUAUUUAGACUCAAAAGUAUCUCAAAUCUAGAUUCGGAAUUGCCCCUGCACACAACCUUGGGAGACUCAGUCAUUCCACUUGCUGAUUUUGUUCUUUAUGUGUAAACUAUUGCCACGACGGAGGCAAUGCGGGUAACGGCCAUAGCGGACGACGGUAUACAGGGAGGUCCUUCUCCUAAAAAUAUGUUUCCGGAAUUGAAGUUUGCAAAUCUUUCGUGAUUCUGGAAUCUGUAUGCCACUUUGAGCAUUCGGAAAAUUCCGGCUGCCAAAAACUUUUACGACCAAAAACUCCAAAAAAUGGGAAAAUUUUUUCAGUUCGGACUGUUUCAAAUGGAAAAAGUUGACAACAUCCGAUUAGAAACGCACGCUGUCAGCUGUCAGCUGACCCCUUCUAUUUCAUAUGACCUGUGUUAAGAACAAAGCCCCCUACGUUAUCACCCGUUUUAUGCACUAAGAAGGGUGUCCCCACUCACUGUUCCCCUGCGUUGCUCUUGAGGCUACCCGCAUGUGCACUCAACGAUACCGUCAUUGGGUUGUUUUCGGAAUAAUUGGAAACUUUAUUUAAACGAGUUAUAUGUUUGAACAAGUUGAGGCGAAAGGAUAAGCAGGAGUUAAUGUAGUCCAAAAUUUUGUUACCUCUUGCUCAGCAGCUUUCGUGGUUUUUAAGGGUGCCUUGUUCGAAUCAAAGAAGAAUAGUAGAUUAUUGUACAUAAUGACACAGUAGGAAAUGGGCUAAAAGUGGGAAUUCACCUGAAACCGAUAUCUACAAGUUCGUUGACUUCUCCGUUGCAUCGAUUCGCAUUCAGCAGCAAGCUUUUGAGACCACAAUUCUUUUCUUACGAAAUCGAAAGCAAACUUUUGGCAUUCUUUGGGAUUACUGUCUGGCUGUCAUUCGUAGCGCAAUUAAAAUGGCCGUUACGGGUUGUUUCACAGUAAUAUUUAACCUCGUAUUUCAUCGCCUGCCACAAGACUUGUUAUUUGACUAUAGGUUGUGUCGUAGCUAAAAGUUUUUUAUGUCAUACUGUCAUAGCGGGGGUUGCGCGAAGCAUAAGCGCACCCGGGUACAUCACGCUUCUUGACAUCCCAAAACACUCAAAAAUAGUGACGCAAACGGAGGCGAGAACCUUGUAUAUACUUAGGUUCAGUUUCAGUUUGUUAGAUAAGGAUAAUAGGCAAAGACUUUGAAAACCCUAUUGAUUACAUGUCAGCUCGUUGGAAAUAACUGCACACGAACAGUGAAAACAUUCGCUAUGAAGACAGUACUUGAUUCAUUUGAGUAGCAUUGUUUCAGAGAAAAACGUUUUCGGGAUACUCAUUUCAGAUUCACCUUGUCGAGGGAAAACAGGGGAGAUAAAUAAUCAUCCAAGCGUUUCUUGAAGAGUUGUAGUGACGUCGCCUCCACGACUGACUGAGGGAGAGCGUUCAAUUUCUCCACUACCCUUUGUGUGAAAAAUUCAGAACGGAGAUUCAGCCUGGACACUGUUGUCCGCAGCUUCAUCGAGUGACCACGAAGUCUGGGUGAAAGGUGCCACUGAAACAUGUUCUCAAACCUAAGUCCAUGCUCAAGGCCAUGUAUUAUCUUGUAGACGAGAAUAAAAUCACCUCUUUGCUGCCUGAAACGCAGACGGAAUAAAUUAAGACAAUUCAGUCUGUCCGUGUAGGACUGACUUUUUAGACCCUUAACCGGCUUUGUUUCACGACGUUAUACCCGUUCGAGACAUGCUUGGUCCUUUACAAGCCAUGGCCGCCAUGCUUGUAUGCCAUAUUCUAAGUGGGGCCGGACAAAGGUGCCGUAAACUUUUCCAAAAAAGUCUUGAUCAAAGAUGACGAACGCCUUUUUAAUUGCAUAAAGCACUCCCAUGGCGUUUUCUGCAGCCUUGUUGCACUGCAGUGUUGGUUUCAGGUUGUUCUCUACCCAAACCCCGAGAUCCUUUUGUGAAGAUCCUGCGGGGAGCCUUAUAUCUUUCAGGUGAUAUGUCCUCAGACUCUCAUUUGAAUGAGAGUUGGUUGGACGCAGAUGAAGGACGACCCUCUUUUUCAGUAUAAUUCAGUAUAUAAGAGGGAUAGAGGCAGAGCCUUGGAAAACCCUAUUUACAGAUAGACGUAUUAAAAAAAGCAUGCAGAUAUUUACAUAGCAGUUAUACCAGUCAUUGAUAUCAUGUAAAUGUUUGACCAUCAAGCAUAAGUUUAUCUAGUCUUCUUUUGAAAGUCUCGACGUUUUCCGCUAAGACAACGGAGUUCGGCAAUCUGUUCUAGCCCUCAACCAGCCGGUGAGAGAAGAAUUUGGCCUGCAAAUCGAGGCUGGCAUGUUUCGUCUUCAAUUUGUAUGGGUGCCCUCGGAGAUUUGUCAUCCGCGCCAGUUAGAAGAAGUCGUCAAACUGAAGAGCACAGUCUAGCCUUUGGACGAUCCUCAAGGCCAUGAUCAUGUCCCCUCUGUACUGUCUAUAAGAGAGAGGAAAUGUUUUUAGCCUCUCCAGCCGUCUCUCAUAAGGUAAGCCACAUAAUCCGCCGACUAGCCUGGUCGCUCUGCGUUGUACGUUCUCCAGUAGGGUGUAAUCUUUUUUCUUCCAGGGACGCCAUGCCUGGACACAAUAUUCCAACAUUGGUCGAACAUAUGCGCCAAAUACUCGGCCGAAAAGUUCUUCAUCAAAAUUGACGAAAGAUCUUCUAAUCGCGCCUAGAAUACCCAUAGCUUUCUUUGAUGCCUUAGCGCAGUGAGACGAUGGUUUGAGGGUUGACGUCAUCCACACACCGAGGUCUCUCAACUCGUUGACUGAUUCGAGUUGGUGACCUCCUAUAAAGUACUGAGAUUCAAAUCUCAACGGUCUCCUGUUGCUCGAACGUAAUCGGAUAAUUUGGCAUUUGUUACGAUUGAGGCUUAGACACCACUCAUCACGCCAUUUUUGCAAGCGAUUUAAAUUGUCUUGUAAUUGUACAGAAUCUUCCGGCUUCUCUAUUGAUUGCCACAAUUUGAGAUCGACGGCAAACAUAACUCGCUCGCAGUUCAGACAGUCCAGGCAGUCGUUCACAUAUAUAAGGAACAGAAUUGAACCCAGUACGCUUCUCUGCGAACGCCACUGUGCACGGAUGUGCAUUCCGCUUUAGCGUUUCCGAUACACACGCGAUGAGAUCUGCCCGUAAGGAAAUCGACUAGCCAUUUCAAAAGAUUUCCAUUCACACCAACUUGACGUAGUUUACAUGUAAGUCGUCUGUGUGGAACACUGUCAAAAGCCUUUUUGAAGUCGAUGUAAACGGCGUCGACUGAUAAGCCCAUGUCAGCUGAUUUCGUCCAGCUCUCCAUGGAAACUAGGAGGUUGGUGAGAAAAGAUCGACCGCUUCGGAAUCCAUGCUGAUGUAGACUGAGCAAGUUGUUUUCUUCGAGGUGCCGCAUCAGCUCCGUUUUUAUUACUCUUUCCAUUAACUUGCAAAAGAUGCGAGUGAGACCCACUGGUCUGAAACUAUUUGGGGCUGUUAUCUUGCCACCUUUAUAAAUGGGGCUUAUAUUUGCUUUCUUCCAGUCGGUAGGCAAAGCCCCGGUCUCCAUUGAUGUUUUGAAGAUCUUGGAUAACGGAGAGGCCAGUUGGUCUGAGAGCUCAUUCAGAACUUUCUCUAACACGCCGUCCGGACCAGGGGAUUUAGUGGGCUGUAGUUGCCUCACAGUUUUCCUUACCGUGUCUGUUGUGAAGUCCACCGUGCUAAUUGUACUGUUUUAUUUGACAUUUGGGGGGUAAACUCUUUUAUCAAAAGCCGGCUCCUCAGUAUACACAGACGUGAAUAAGUCGGAUAACAGAUUCGCCUUAUCUGAGUUGUCAGACAACGUAUUUCCCUGGCGAUCUUUUAGACAGGGAAUGCAGUCCCGGUUGCGUUUUGCUUUAUUCACGUAUCCAAAGAAUUUUUUGAAUUUUGCUGGAUAUUUUUUAAAAGUUUUGAUUCAAAUUUAGCCUGUUGCCUUCUUAACAGAUUCCGACAUAAAUUCCUUUGUCUUUUGAAGUCAGCGAAAUACUCUGGUUGCUGGCAACUGGCGUACUUUGUCCAAAGUCUCCUUUUCAAUUUAAGAUUCUUCUUUAUUUCUGACGUCACCCACUCUGGUCGGGAUGUGCGCGGCUUCCUCUUCAGUGGGCAACAGCUCUUUACCAAGUGCUGCAUUAUGUUCUUGAAGAAGAGCCAAUCGCUUUCUGGGUCAGAUCCUUGUGCUGCAUUCCAGUUCACCUUCUGUAACAGGUUUUUCAUUCGGGUAUAAUCCCCCUUCCAUACGUUUCUUUCUUCAGCAGCUCGAAUUUCGGGUACUGAAAAAUGACUAUACUCCCAAACCAGAACGCAGUGGUCACUUCGGCCAAGGGGCGGAUGCGAUUCCAAUCCGAGAAUGCAACUAUCAUCCCUGGUGAUGAUGAGGUCCAAACAACUGGACUGCUGUCCAUCCCUGAAUUGUGUGUUCACUUUAACAUGUUGGGUAAGGAACUCGGUUGUGAUCAAUUGCAUAAAUUUCUGUUUGAAGGAGUUUUCUGAUCGCGUGCAAUACAUCAAAUCCCACUCUAUGUCUGGACAGUUGAUGUCACCAAGUAGCAUUGUGUGUUUGCUUCGACAAAUUUCUUUUUUCUCGGUGAUAAGUGCAUCGUCCGCAUCCGUUCUCUGGUUUCGCGGUCUGUAAAGCAGGGUCAUAUGGAGGCUUGGAUGGUUUGGCACCUUCAAGUAGCAACUGAGUAUUUCACAAUCAAUGUGCCGAAAUGGGGAAGACUCAACCCUGACGUAGUCGAUGCCAUCUCGUAUAAAUAUCGCAAUACCCCCACCCCUUCGUUCGUUUCUGUCCGUUCGGAGAAUCUGGAAACCAUCUAGCAUAACUUCCACAUCUUCUAUCUGCGCAUUUAACCAUGUUUCUGUUACAGCUAUCAAGUCGGGUUGGAAAUGGGCCACAGUGAGUUUUAUUUCAUCCAAUUUGUUGAAUAAACUUUGCACAUUUGUGUACAUCAUUUUUAUGUUAUUCGACUGUUUCGAUCUCUGGAAACUGUUUGCUGGUGCUUUUGACUGAUGGUUAUUACUGCUUAUUUCACAUGGCGUACCAUUUCCAUUCGUAGAUUGUGAAUUUACUGAAGUUUGUCGGAAUCGAGCGCCGGUGCUGUUACCGUCAUCGUUAUCGUAUGAUUCCACAAGAAGGAACGCUCUAUUUUUACAAUUUGAUUGUUUGCUAUUUUCAGAUUCGUUUCGCCCUCGCUCUGACGUUUUCUCAGUUCCGCUACCAGCGUCCUCAUUUUCAUUCGUUCGAUUGGGUGAUAGUCCGGCUGAAAAAACACUUCACGAUGGUUGUUUUUGAUCCUGGACUUUCGCGACAAGAUGAGAUUUGCUUGCUGUUCGUUUCCCAGUACGACUUUCAGUGGUCUCGGCCGCAGUUUGUCUGCGUUGUUUCUUACUAAAGGUCCCAAACGGAAGAUCUUUUGGAUUUUGACUACCUCACCGGGUUCUUGCGUGUCAUUGAGUAGGUUUUGGAAUGUCUGCAGAUCGUGUUUCCCCCUUUCGUUCGGGGUAUCACCAGGUGCUUCAGGAACUCCUUGCACUACCACACAACGAGAUCUGUCGGGGAAAAAACCGGUGCUUUUAUCCUGCCCUCUUUUGCUGGCGGUAGAUUGAGUCUCAGACUCUGGGACUGCCUUGGUGGCUGUAUCCAGAUCAGUUGCUAAGUUGCUCGCGUCCGCGAUAUAUGCUGUAACGUCUUUAAUUGGCUGCCUCAUCUGACUUUUUGCAUUAUAGUCUGAUAGACAUGUGAAGGACAAGCUGCUAGCGCUCUUUGUUGGCGUACGUAAGUCCAUACAAUUACUUUCUACAGGUUUUUUUGGGGUUGCUGAUCGUUGUUAUGUUUUGGUGCAGACGGACUCUGCAUGGUCCAGAUUUGUCAAAUUUAUGGAAAUGCGGACGCCAGUUUCAUCUCUGUCUGUCGUAUUCUUAUUGCCGUCCAUUUCGGUUGAGUCCGAAGACUUGUCUAGUGACUUCGUGCGUUGCCUCUUGUUUCGCUGAACGCGACGACCAUGACCUUUUACCGGUUUCUUGACGUUCAUGUGGUCCGGCUCAUUGGUGUUUUUUAUGUCCUUUGUAUCUUGCUCAGGGGGUUUAAUUUUGUUAUACUUAAGAAGUGACGCUAUUCUUUCAGUGAGGAGGUCGACGUCUACUUCUAGUUUCAAAACUCUGGUGGUGAGUUCUCGACAUCCAUUACAGCGUGUCGACAUGUCAGUGUCUACCUUAUUUGUGGCUGAUAUCAUCAGUGAACUGCGUUCGAUAGGGUUCAUGGUCGGUGGCCCAUCACGUCCAGCUGAGAGCGAGUUGGGUAUUUCCGGCAAGUUUUUAUAACAGGAAAUAGAAAACGGUUUACAAAUAAGUGACAGGUCGCCUUUUCCUGAGUAUAUAUUAUUUUUGUGAACAUCAGGCUGUCCUGACGUGGCCGGGCGGUCAAGGGCGUCGAUCCCUGCACGAGUGGUCCGUGGUUCGAAUCUCGGGUGUGGGAGACUUUUGUCACUCAGUAGGGUCGUGGACAUUCUCAUUCCCCAUGCUGGCAAGAUAUCUUUGAGGUUGCAUUAACUUAUAAUGGGCGAAUUCAAUUACUAAGUAGCUACUUUACUGAGCACAAAGUUAAGCUUUUUUCCAAACGGAAUUCAGUAUAAAAUGGCAAUUUAGAGCUAAGAACGACUCAGCCUUCGCAGACAGGUUCUAAGUACUCUUCGAUUUCUGUCGGUUAUCCAGCACUUCGUCGACGGAAGAUUAGCUUCGGAAGCACGAUAGAGACGGUAUUAGUAGGAAUCUGAACUCGACCGACUGGAUGCCUUGUUAAACUCCGGAUUGUGGAUUCCUGAGAGCCACGGUGAAGGAUGAAGUUUGAAAUCCAGAAACCAUUUCUCCGAUCACGCUUGCUGUCGAUGAAGAAUAUUUUGGAGGACUCUCUGGUCGUAAGGACACUUAAUGACUUGUCAGAGCUGAACGUCGUCGGCAAACAUUAUUUUGCCGCAGUCAAGUUCCUGAAGGCUGUCGUUAACAUAAAGGAUGAGGAGCAAUGGUCCCAGAACUGAGUCUUGAGGCACAUUACUGGUCACGUUCACCCAUUCUGACAUUUCAUCUGCGAUACAGACACGUUGUUUCGACCAACCAGAAAAGCCCUUAUCCAGUUCAGAAGAUCUCCCCGGAUGCCGAUAGAGCUCAAUUUAUGGAGGAGGUUUUGGUGUGGAACAUUGUCGAAAGCUUUGCGAAAAUCGAUGUACACGACAUCAAUUUGGAGCUCCAAACCCUCUUCUAG